AUGGCAGUGCAGUCGCCACAGCAGAGGCUGCAAAGCUGUGGUGAUCCAAUGUUCAUAAUGUCGAAUCAGGGCGGAGUUCUCCUGUGCAUUGGAGGUUAUACUUUCAGAAAGCACCGCCAGCGAUCUAACAAGACCCGCUGGAACUGCUCCUCGCAUAAGAACUGCAAGGCUGUGGUCUACACCUCCGACGACACCAACGAAAUAAUGAAAUGCAAUAAUGUCCACAACCACCCAAUCAGGGUCAAUAAGAAAAUAUUCAUCUCGGAACGAAUUCAUCUCAACAAAAAGAGCUGGGCUUUCAAUAUUGCACAAAGGGCGUCGAUAUCACAGAAAGAAAAUCUAUAUAAACGGAGAAAUUUCUACAAAUGCUAUGCCAAAUACUCGUGCAAGGGAAAUGUGACCUUAAAUACAGGUGUCAGAAUCUUGCCUCAAUCCUUGCGUGGCAGACCCAUAGUGAUGAUAGAAGACCAUACGUUCUCUUUUCAUAAAAAGUAUGGACUACGGACUCGAUGGCGAUGCUCCAAGUCCUGGAAGGGGUGCAAGGCAUCUGUAAUCACUGUCGAGGACAUCGUCACCAAAUCCUACCUCUAUCAUGAUCACCGAGACGACGUAUAAUUUGAAGGAAUCUAGCUCUUGUAUUUAUUAGUAUAAUAAAUACUAAUAAUACUUUUGGGAGAUUUUAUAAAUUUAAGGAUAGGUAGACCAUUAACUGUGACCCAAGUGACUUUAAUGCCCACCACACUAAGUGGUUUAAUUCUCGGUUCUGAACACACAGAGAGAUAGAUCUGGGUACGAUUUUGCUCGGGUUUGUGAUCUCUCUUAUGUAAUAUAGUUUUCCAAGAGUAUACCUGUUAUAGAGGACCAUACUGGCCUCAAAGAUGGCAUACCAAAUAAAUAAACAAAUACUAGUUCGAUGCCAAAUCUUUAAACAUGAAACUUGGUAUUAAGGAGUCACCUUUUUGAGGCCAACGACAUUAAAAUAUUAUAUUGAUAUUGACGUACUGUUUUUAUUUAUUUAGCUUGCGAAGAAGUUGUAUCCGUUUCAAGGAUACAGAAACAAUAUUUUGUGACCAGGAACUUUAACAGAAAGGAAACCUGAACCAUUAUAAAUGCGAAUGAAUUUGGCGUAACUUUUUUAGUUUUUCAUUUCAGGAGCCAUCUUCGCGACAACGGCUAGAGGGGCGAUAGUGAUAUACCUCGGAGGUCAUAAGUUCCUUCGCCAUCUCACACACGGUGUUAGGACUCGUUGGUACUGUGCAUCUCACCACCAUAAAGGCUGUAAAGCCGUCGUGCACACCAUAUACAACAGAGUCGUCAGGUGCAAUAUACAACACAACCACGGCAAACGAUGUUGAUACAGAAUUAUUAUGGGCUUUUUGAACUGCUGCCAGUGGACAUAAAUGAAAAUGAAACACCGAAAUGUAUGAACGCGCAUAACUUUCGAAAGAAUGUCCAAAAUUAGUUUUUAUUAUUGUGUUCAUUGUAGUCAGGACAAUGUUUGUAUAUAAGAUAAUAAAUAAAUAGUUUUCUGAACAUCAUAUUAUGAAACGUGAUUGAUUGAAUGAGACAGAAGACUCUGGGAGAUCUUCAAUAUAUUGACAAACUAUAGAUAGAGGACAGAAAUAGUUAAGUAUUUCUGGAAUUACGAAAAUUUACACGAAGAAAAAUGUUGCAGCACAUAAUUCGCCGGGUCAGCUAGUAGGAAAACAAAUCUAAAUGCUAUUAGAUAGCUAUUGUUAGCGGUUUUAAAGCUAAAAUCAUUCGUCAUCUAAAUGGAUACAUCAAUUCUUAAUGCUCAUCUAAAUCAAAACAAAAGCGCGUUAUUAAGUUGUUAUUCUCUUAACUUUUUAAAUUAUGCUCAAGCGCAUACCCUUGAUUGAUUAUGGUAAAAUAUUUAUGUAUAUUUUUUUUAUAUUAAAAGCAAAGCUUCUAGCUUUAUCUUAAAUAUCUAAAUCUUGAAGAGUGCCAUUUUUUCACGUUACAUGUUUUUGUGGGUUGUCAUAGUGUGCUUUUGUAGAUAUCCAAUCAUAAACAAGCCAGGCUUUUCAAUUUUGAAAUCGUCUAAUUUUGAUCUUAAGGUUUGAUUGAAUGUACAUAUUAUGUUUGACAUCUUCAUGAUUUAUAUUGUACCUACUUAAGUCUAGAUCUCUAUAAAGUAAUAAUAUAAUGUUAAUGUUCUAUUGUUAACUUUCCUGAAAAUACCCAAGUGUUGUAGCUGCUUCUUUUAGGAUAUUUGUAGGUACCUGAUGUCCAAUGUAUCAUGAAAUUGAAAGGACCUGGUGUUUUCUUUUUAAUAAUGAAUAUAUGAUUUCCAUAUUUUACAUUGCUUGUGUAUUUUUAAUUUCUGAUAUUUUAAAGUGAAGGCAUCCAUCAUGAAGACUAGAAUAAGUAGCCCAUCCACCAACGUCACCAUCAUCACGUGAAUAUGGUUCUAUUCCUUUUGACCUUGAAAAUAUAUUAAUGCUACAUUUUUUAUAUUUUUAAAAGUUGUUCUGUAUACUAUCAUCUUAAUAGUUUUCUUAACGAAAUCACCAUUUUGUAGGAUCAAUAUUUGUAACGUCGACACGUGGCGAAAAAUUUAUCAUCAUAUCCGGCUACAAGUUUGCAAAACAUAUGCAAAUGGGAUUGAAAAUUAUGUGGCGAUGUAAGCAUUCCGGCUGCAAAGCGUUUGCCUAUACCAUUGGAGAAAACAACAUCAUUAAGUGUAACAAUACUCAUAAUCAUGAUCCUGUUAGCUGGUGAAAACACCAGAUAACAGAAAUCUGACAGUAUCGAAGACGCAGUUACGAGCUUUGAGUUAUUUUAAUUGAAUUUGAUCAUCACUUAUCUCCGGAAUUGAGACCAGAGUUAAGUGAAAUAUGAAUUACAAUUUAUGUCUGUGAAAGAUUAAAAUUUAAUUGUACAGGUGACACAUUCUCGUACUUGUAAUAUGGAAUAAAGGCUAAAUAUACUUAAAUUUUGGUAGUUGUUCUAUCAUUAAUAUAAGUUCCUUAAUAAAAUAUAUUAUCAGUUCAUCAUAAUAAUUUAUUUUAAACCUGGAAAAUAUUAGUACUCAGAUACUAAUUUAAAAAUUAUGAUAUAUUAAUGAUUAUUGCAGCAAUAUAAUAAUCAAUUAAAAAAAACAGUCAAUCUAAGUUUGCACAUAUGAGAUACUGUAAUAUUCAAGUAGAUUUAUUGUAUACGAAGAAUAUCAACCAGAAACUUACGCUUCCUUAACUUAUUGUUACCGCACAUAAUAAAGGGUUACCACAAAAUGCAUUUAUUCGAUCUAUUUUGAAAUUUAUUUCAAACGGGAUAAAACUUAUAAUCGGUUGGAAAAAUAUGCCAUGUCAGAUAAAUUGCCUUAGUUUUAUUUAUCUCGGUAUUGUAUUUAGUCAUUAGGUUAUUACCGGUAGGUGCAUGUUUUACACACACCGUUUUUCAUAAUUUCAAAAAAUACAAAUCAUUUCUUUAUUCUCUUAAUUGAAGAGUAAGUAAAUGAUAUUCGAAAUAUCCCCUAAAUUGGACAAGGCAUAACGUAAAAAAACUAUAUCUUGCAAAUAAUUAUGGUACCUAUAUGGAAUCCCAUUAAGAAUAUGUAGAACAAUACAUGUAUAGUCUAACCUACCUACUAGUCUACCAAAAUAAAUCUCUAAUUUUGUUCGAAGGAUUACACCGAUUAAUUUAUUUGUCAACAAACGUUAAUAGCGAUGAAGCACUUAAGAUUCCAAAAACGAACAUGUAUUUUUUUUCAGGGUUUACUUUUCAAUAUAUUCAGACGCCGAAACGAAAAAAGCCAUUGCUUAUGUUGGACAAGUACACUUUCACGCAGACCACUAUGGACCAACGUUACUGGAACUGCUGCAAGAAACUGUCCGUCUUUUCUUGUCCUGCCAAGCUCCGUUUUAACUACGAUGGAAAAUUGAUUUACUACGAGCUGAACCACAAUCAUGAUCCUCCCAACUUUUUUAUCACCAAAGAUGGCAAAUAUGUCAAAAUUUAGUUCCACGUUAUUAAAAUUCCUUGCAAUUGCUUCUGUACUCUUGUGGUGUUCUAGUUCUAGAUCUAUUUCAGAUAAAUAGUGAGAUUACAUUUUCAAUCACAGUUAACAUAAUGAUGUAAAUUGUUUUCCAAUCUUAAAAUUAUUAGCAUCAUAUAAUGGGACAGGACUUGCAGUUCUGUAUUUUAUGUAGGUACGUACCGAAUAUAUAAUAUCAUAAUGAAAUUAUUAGCUAAAGUUAUAGCCAUUUCAAUAUCCAUAAUCAGUAUAGGCGGUAGGCCCCCUGUUCGCGCUAAGUAGUUUGACUUUUAAAUUUGCCGUGUAAUUAACACAACAUCACUGAAUUUCAAAUUACGAAGAAAUAAAUGUAUUGAGGUCCGAUACGAUUGUAAUUAAUUUAUAAAUGAACUUAUACAAUAAAUAAGGUGUAAAUCGACCUAUCCAUAGAAUAAAUUACAUCUGGUGUAUCACAAGGCUCACAUUUAGAGCCACUUGUCUUUAAUAUUUUUAACAACCUACUACAAAUAUUGAAUUUCUCGUCAUGUUUCUUGUCUGCGGACGAUUUGAAACUCUCGAAAACCAUUCAUAAAAUGAACACGAGCAUCAGUAUGAAUCUUUGUCUAUGUGCUCUCUUUACUCAUGUGGCCCUGCCUCGUAGGACCCUUGAACCUUAC